AUGGCUGAUAUUGAAGCACAGGUUGCUGUUGACUCGGAUGAAACCGACUCGGCAUUUGGCGACGAUUCGGCAUCCGAAACCACGUCCCUCAAAUCCGCCGUAUACAACUACAAAUACCGCAAUGGUCGGCGAUACCAUGCGUACAAGGAAGGAACAUAUUGGGGUCCCAACGACGAGACGCAAUCGGAUCAGCUGGAUAUAACCCACCACAUCUGCCUCCUCUUGCUCGACGGUGAGCUGUGUCUGGCUCCGAUCAAGAAACAGCCAAUGCAUGUUUUGGAUCUCGGAACUGGCACCGGUAUAUGGGCCAUCGACUUUGCCGACAGAUAUCCAUCAGCCGAGGUCAUAGGAACUGACCUUUCCCCUACCCAACCCUCCAUGGUCCCGCCCAACGUACGCUUCGAGAUCGACGACUUUACCGAACCCUGGCUAUUUAAGAAGGAUCAUUUCGACUUUAUCCACGUCAGAUCCUUGUACGGCUGUGUAGCUGACUGGUCGACUUUUUACAAAGAAGCACUCGAUGCCCUCGAACCCGGCGGCUACAUCGAACAGCUCGAAAUCAGCGUCGUCCUAAAAUCCGACGACGGCACCGUCACCCCCGGCUCCAUCUUCGACCGCUGGGGCAAGAUCUCGCUCGAGCUCGGCGACAAAUUCGGCAAAUCCCUCCGCACAGUCGACGAAUCGCGUGCGGGGCUCGAAGCAGCAGGCUUUGUCAACGUGGUAGAACGGCGCUGGAAGCUGCCGGUAGGAGGAUGGCCGGCGGAGAAGAGGUUCAAGGAGUUGGGCCAGUACAAUCGGAUCAACUGGGAGCAGGGCAUCGAAGGGUGGAGCUUGUACCUGUUGACGACGGUGAUGAAGUGGAGUAAGGAGGAGGUUGAGGUUUAUCUUGCGCAUAUGAGGACGGCGCUGAGGGAUCGGAGUAUCCAUGCUUAUCAAGAGGUAUCGCUGGUCUACGGACAGAAGCCGCCGAGGCCAAGGAAGGAUGAUGAUGAGUGA